AUGGCUCUCCUCGACGCUGCGUCGCCGCCGCCGGGGGGCCCUACGCUCUUUGGCCUCUCCAUGAAGCAGGUCUCCCUCAUCACGCUAACCUUUCAAAACUCGGCAUUGAUCCUGAUCAUGCAUUACUCCCGUAUCAUGCCCCCCGUGAGCGACCACCGAUACUUCACCUCUACCGCCGUCUUCCUCAAUGAGGUCAUUAAGCUAUCCAUCUGCUUGACCUGCUCCAUCGCCGAAGUCUCGCGCACCCUGGCGCCCUCAACCCCCGCCACCGUCAUCUUCGAGCAGAUCUACAACCAAGUCUUCUCUGGCGAUGGCUGGAAGCUUGCCAUACCUGCGACCCUAUAUACCCUGCAGAACACUCUGCAAUAUGUCGCCGUCGGCAACCUAGACCCUGUGCACUUCCAGGUGCUCUAUCAGCUCAAGAUCCUCACAACAGCAAUCUUCUCCGUGACGAUGCUCCGUCGCUCCCUCGGUCUGAAGCGCUGGAUCUCCCUCAUAAUUCUUACUCUCGGCGUCUCCAUCGUCUCCCUCCCACAGCCUUCCUCCGGAGGCCACGCCGACCCCGCCAUCGGCAGCAACAUCCUCCUCCACGAUACUUCUGAUCACUUCUUCCCCCGUUCCGUCCACGAGCUUGGCCAAGCCGCCGAGGGUGCUGCCGAAGUCGCCCGCGAAUUGACAAAGCGCGCCGCAGAUGGUCUCGCUGGCGUCGGCGAGAACGUUGUCGGCAGCGUCAUCGCGAAGCGCUCUGCCUCAUACCAGGGUAUUCAGGAAGAUCAGGACCUCGCCCCGCUGAUGAACUAUUCAAUUGGUCUCUCCGCCGUCCUUGUCGCUGCAGUCGCAUCUGGUCUGGCGGGUGUUUACUUUGAGAAGAUGCUGAAGGACUCCGCUACCCCGGCCUCCGUCUGGACCCGCAACAUUCAACUGUCCUUCUACUCGCUCUUCCCUGCUCUCGUUGGCGUCAUCUUCAAAGAUGGCGAGGACAUUGCUCGGCACGGCUUCUUUGAGGGCUACAACUGGGUCGUCUGGACCGCCAUCGUCUUCCAGGCAGUCGGCGGCGUACUUGCUUCGUUGUGCAUCAACUAUGCGGACAACAUCGCCAAGAACUUUGCUGCGAGCAUCAGUAUCGUCAUCAGCGUCCUCUUUAGCGUCUGGUUCUUUGACUUCCGGGUCAACUUCACCUUCAUCGUCGGUACUGCCCUGGUCCUGGCUUCGACCUACCUCUACAGCAUCCCCGACCGCAAGGGCCGCCCGCCGCCAAUCACCAUCGCAAGCUACGAGAAGGCCAUGGUCGACCCGGCCUACACGCCGCAGGUCACAGACGAGACCAAGCUGAACCUCGACCCCCUGGACUCCGUCCGCAACAUGGGCCUGUCGACGUCUAGGCCAUCGUCGCCUAUGCUGCACCACCACCGCGUCCCCUCAGCCAGGGGCAAGAACCGCGACGACUAA